AUGGCGCAGCAGCAGAUGCCAAGCUCUCAUAAGGCACUGAUGCUUGAACUGAAGUCUCUCCAAGAGGAACCAGUGGAGGGUUUCCGCAUCACCCCAGUAGAAGAGUCAGACUUGUACAACUGGGAGGUGGCCAUAUUUGGACCCCCCAACACACUUUACGAGGGGGGAUACUUCAAGGUGAGGGAGAGUUUAGUCUGUCUUGUCUGUGGGCAGUACACCUGAUCCCGGGCCUGUAGCUAACUCUAGUCUAUGGUAUAGACAUAAAACAACACAUAACACACUUUUGUUGUAAUAUUUAUAUGUAGACAAUCAGUGUUUGACUGGCCAACGUGAGUGCUAGCCCUUAAUCAUGACUAACUAUUACAUUACACGUAAGAGUCAUUGAAGGAAGGCGCCUUCUGUAGUGGGAAGUUUUGUUAAGAGCCCCGACGCUCGCUUGUGGUACGGUUUUGGAAACAUAAGGACCUUGUAUUUCAAAUCGGCGAGAAAUAAACUGAACAAAAAUGUAAACGCAACAAUUUAAAAUAUUUUACUGAAUUAGUCAAUUGAAAUAAAUUCAUUAGGUCCCAAUCUAUGGAUUUCUCAUGAAUGGGAAUACAGAUAUGCAUCUAUUGGUCACAGAUACUGUACCUUAAAAAAAAGGUAGGGGUGUGGAUCAGACAACCAGUCAGUAUCUGGUGUGACCACCAUUUGCCUAAUGCAGCGCAACACAUCUGUUGUCCCAGUUCUUCAAUGGCUGUAUGAAGUUGCUGGAUAUUGGUGGGAAAUGGAACAUGCAUGCUCAAUGGGUGAUGACAUGUCUGGUGAUUAUGCAGGCCAUGGAAGAACUGGGACAUUUUCAGCUUCCGGGAAUUGUGUACAGAUCCUUGCGACAUGGGGCCAUGCAUUGUCAUGCUGAAACAUGAGGUGAUGACGGCGGAUGAAUGGCACGACAAUGGGCCUCAGGAUCUCGUCACGGUAUGUCUGUGCAUUAAAAUGUGCCUUUCUGUUUUCCAUGAGUUUGCCUACAACUCCAGCACCUGCGGAAAGUACCUGGAUGUACGUAUGUUCUUCAGCUUUUGUGCAUUAAAAUUGCCAUCGAUAAAAUGCAAUUGUGUUCAUUGUCGGUAGCAUAUGCCUGCCCAUACCAUAACCCCACCGCCACCAUGACAUCAGCAAACUGCUCACCCACGACGCCAUACACGUUGUCUGAGACGGAAGUCUGAUCGAAACUGGGAUUAAUCUGUGAAGAGCACACUUCUCCAGCGUGCCAGUGGCCAUCGAAGGUGAGCAUUUGCCCACUGAAGUCAGUUAUGACAGCGAACUGCAGUCAGGUCAAGACCCUGGUGAGGAUGAUGAGCACGCAGAUGAGCUUCCCUAACACGGUUUCUGACAGUUUGUGAAUAAAUUAUUAGGUUGUGCAAACCCACAGUUUCAUCAGCUGUCUGGUGACUGGUCUCAGACGAUCCCGCAGGUGACAAAGCCAGAUAUGGAGGACCUGGGCUGGCGUGGUCAUAACAUGAUCUGCGGUUGUGAGGCCGGUUGGACGUACUGCCAAAUUCUCUAAAAUACCGUUGGAGGUGGCUCAUGGUAGAGAAAUUAACAUUCAAAAUUCAAAAGGCACUCGCACAUCUGAGCUAUCUUUUUUGCAGGUGCAUGGUAACAGUUGAAUAAGAUGUGAAAAAAUAAGAAACCUGCACACUACUCUUGCUAGUAUCACUGCUCUUUAAUACGCUUUAAGUAUCGGCCUCAAGGCCUUUAAAAGCUCUGACGAAGGCUUUGAGGCCGAUACGUAAAGCUUAUUAAAGAGCAGUGAUACUAGCAAGAGCAGUGUGCAGGUUUCUAAUUUCUAAAAUAAAAUUCUCUGGCAACAGCACUGGUGGACAUUCCUGCAGUCAGCAUGCCAAUUUCACGCUUCCUCAAAACUUGUGGCAUUGUGUUGUGUGACGACAACUGCACAUUCUAGAGUCCCCAGCACAAGGUGCACCUGUGUAAUGAUCAUGCUGUUUAAUCAGCUUCUUGAUAUGCCACACCUGUCAGGUGGAUGGAUUGUCUUGGCAAAGGAGAAAUGCUCACUAACAGGGAUGUAAACAAAUUUGUGCAGAAAAUGUGAGAGAAAUAGUAUAAUUUUCAAAAAACAAAAGGUUAAAUUGAUACACCUUUUAUAGGGUUAGGAUUCUCACACAGCCAUAUGUCCAUGUUACAGUGCUUGUUUACCGAAGACCGAGUGGACUACCUGUGCUAAUUAGCUAUCUGUGUUGCUGAACACCUGUGUGUAAACCACAAUCUAUGGUGUAAACGGAAGACAGAUGCCACAAAUGUGUUGUCACUGAAAAAUACUGUCGGCUGCAACUGUGUUAAAACAAUCUACAGUAAGUGUGUGAUUUGCAUUUGUGAAAUAAUUUUUAUGUGAUAUGAAAGUAGAGGGAUUUAUGUUUCUAGAACCGUACCGCAAAUGACAAUCGAUUCACAUUUAGAUGGAGUAGUUGGCUGUUUUGGCUUCCAGAGCCAAUUCACCCUUUAAACAGAACAUGGAAGGUCCUUGGACUAAGGAGUAACUUUAGGAACCUUUAGUCCAUUAUUGGGCUACGUGAGUUCAUACCCCGGCCUAGAGAGCACUGUUUCACAAACUUGGCAUACCACUUGUAGCAGUAAUUUUUCAACUGAGUCAUUACCUGUCACCCAGGCCAAAACCCACCAUUUGGUUUCAACACACUAUUUGUGAAAUGUCAAAGUAUUCCUUCCCUCACACAUCACUGAUUCUCUCUCAUUCCCAGGCACACAUUAAGUUUCCAGUUGACUACCCUUACUGUCCACCUACUUUCCGUUUCCUCACAAAGAUGUGGCACCCCAACAUAUAUGAGGUGAGGUAUACCACAUUGUAUGUUUGUGUAAGUUAAGAACGGACCGUAACCUCACUCCACAGCUAGCUUGAAAUGUCUCGGAUAGAGACAUCCAAUUGGUACCUUUUGGGUGGCUCAACCCGUUGGAACAUUGUCAAGGAGGGCGGUAACGUGUUGCGAAACAGGAUUACUGGUUCGAGCCCAGUAUGGAGCAGUCGGGACAGUGGAGGAAGCUAAGCUAUUAGCAGCACACUGACCCCCGCUACAUUUGUGUGUGUUUUUGUGACUUGGUUUUAUGUGAUUAUAGGAAUUUAUGGCCAGUUGUUGCUAUUGCUGUGGAGUGUAACAUGUUGCUUGUCUACAGAAUGGGGAUGUGUGUAUCUCCAUCCUUCACCCGCCUGUUGACGACCCCCGGAGCGGAGAGCUGCCCUCUGAGAGAUGGAACCCCACCCAGAAUGUCAGGUAAAACACCUGGGCUGCGUUCAGGAUGAAGGAAACCUAGCAAACAUUUACGUGAACGGACAUGGUACUGUUCUGAACGACCUGUUGAGGAACAUUGUAAUGAUGGUGGCUCAGAGGGCGGUUGUGCGGUGUGAUGCUGGACAUCUCUUACCAUUUCAUCAAAUACGCCACUCGUUGCUUCGGGUCACACUCAAAGGUCAGAGGUUUCAUCCACAAAACUAUAGCAGUUAUAUACCUCAGAGUAAAAAAAUGGUGUGCAACGUUUCGGGAGAAUGUGUCUUUCAGUACGUACCAUUGUAAAAUGUUUCAUCAACUGAACGCACUCUUGACUCUCUUGACAUUUGUAUAUGAACAUGUCUGUGUGUUCAGGACCAUCCUACUGAGUGUGAUCUCUCUGCUGAAUGAGCCCAACACCUUCUCCCCGGCCAAUGUCGAUGCCUCUGUUAUGUUCCGCAAGUGGAGAGACAGCAAGGGCAAGGACAAAGAUUACGCUGAGAUCAUCAGGUUCUUAGAAUUCACUUUCUUUUAAACACAAAAUGACAAACAACAACAUGCUCAUUUACACACAUACAACUAAACAUACAAAUUCAGUGCGAUCAAUCACUUAAUUUUUCUAUCUGGAACCUUUCUCUCUUUCACUCUUCUGUCUGUCUCACAUUGUAUAUACUGUCGGUUGUGCUCUCUCCCUCUCGUUAUUUCUCUCUCGCUCUCCAUCUUUCUCAGGAAGCAGAUAGUGUCCACUAAAGUGGAGGCGGAGCGGGACGGCGUGAAGGUGCCUACUACGCUGGCGGAGUACUGCAUCCAGACCAAAGUGCCUUCCCACGACAGCAGCUCGGACCUGCUCUACGAUGACCUCUACGAUGUUGACAUCGAGGAGGAGGAGGACGAUGAUGCAGAGGCAGUGGGCCAGAUGGCAGGAGAGGGUGGCUUCAAUGACGAGGAAGACUCGGGCAACGAAGAGUCAUGA